AUGAUACGACCAACGAGGAUACUACUUCAACAAAUCAAGAACAACAUAACCAGUAGCAGUAACAAUGAUAAAGCACACUCUAUAUUAAGUGAUGCCAUAACUGAUAAAUCACAAUUACGACAAUUGAUGCAAGAUAAAACAUGGUCAAUUAAACAAUUACUUAAAGAUCGAGCUAUUAAACUACGUAAUCAAGAGCUGAAAUUGAAGCAGAGCCCACAGAAUGAUAAUAAUCAUAAUGGUGGCGAUCCUGCUGCUGCUGAGAUCACUGAUGAUUUGAUUAUCAAGAUUAUUGGAUUAUCAGGAUUUGAAAAUCCCGGGUUGGAUUCAUCACGAUUCGAUCUGUUACGACAUGCUUUUAAUCUACAAAAGACAUUUCUUGAUCAUUUAUACGAUGAGACUACAACUACCACAACAGCCACUGCUCCUCAUAGAGUUGAGGAUCGAUUGCAUAAUGAUGAUGAUUCAACAGUUGUGGUUGAAGCUACAACUGCUACUGCUACUGCUACUGUGUCGGGAUCGGAAUCGGGAUCGGCUUCAACUAGAUCUCGUGGGAAUGAUAUUCAGUUCCGAUUGGUUGCUAGUGAUCAUUUACCUACUAAACCGAUGACAUUGAGUGAUUUGUUAAGCAGUAUCGAUCAGUUGAGUGGUCAAGUUGAUUCUGAAAAGGGUGAGUUUGGGUUUGAUUUGAGUACGCUUAGAAGUGAGAAUGGGAAAGAAAGAUAA